GGCGGGCACCGGUUCCCGGACCCCCUCCUGAGGGGGCCCUGACGCUGGGCCUGGUCGCGGCAGCGCGGUUCUGGUGCUUGGGCCCGUCCCUGUUGGCGGCGUCGGUUUCUUCUUACAGAUUGGCCUGGCAGGCCGGAGAUUACCCGGAGAAUAGGGUCCCCUGUAGCACCCGGUGCUGCCGGGCUGAGCUCUGCCCGUGAUGAGCCAGAUUCGUGAUGUGCCUGCUCCCUCAAAGGGCCGUUAAUUUGUGUUUAGAUAGCGGCUUCGCAUCACUUGCUCAAAACCCGUGAGUGGGGGUUCUUGCAACUCUUUUGGUGCUAGGUUUUUUGUGCUCCUUGUAACCCAUGGGGAUUUUCGGUUUUAUUCACAAACAGUAAGCUAAUAACCCAGAAUUAGUCAAGAUAAUGACUAUAUAUGAUCAUAGAAUUGGCAUAAUAAGACCUUCAGAAGGAAGGGAUGCAGAAUGCUAGCCUAGAGAUCACCACUGCAGAGCUGUUUUUUUAAGGACUUAAAGUAUUGAUGAAACUGUUGUUUCAAUUUUGAGGCAGUGCAGUUAGUAAUGGGAAGAGAGGUGAGCAAAUCUUUAUUAAUUUUUAAGGCUUUUCAUGUUUGUGUGUGACUGUCCAUGGCUGGGUGAAGAGAAACUUCCAAGGAGAUGUUAAUGAAAAAUACUAUAUUGUCAACCAUGCUGGUUUAAAAGAAGUGCUGAUAGGCUUUUUAAGCUCUAAAUGUCUCAUAAAACCUGUACUACAUAUGAACGUUUCAGAAAAUGUUAACAGUUCUAUUUCAGAUAUGACUAAAUUUUUCCUCAAUGGAAUAUCAGGUACUGUUGCAGUAAUUACUUCUGAUGGAAGAAUGAUUGUGGGAACACUCAAAGGUUUUGAUCAGACCAUAAACUUGAUUUUGGAUGAAAGCCAUGAGCGAGUGUUCAGUUCUUCACAAGGAGUUGAGCAAGUAGUGCUGGGCUUAUACAUUGUAAGAGGUGAUAAUGUUGCUGUGAUUGGUGAAAUUGAUGAAGAGACAGAUUCAGCUCUUGACUUGGGGAAUAUUCGAGCAGAGCCUCUUAACUCAGUUGUGCACUGAAAAGAUAAAAAUGCACAGGGACUUUGUAAAUCUUUGGUUGUACAGACCUAUUUAGCAAUGUGGACAGUUUUUAAAAAUUGUGUUUAAUUUGUUUGGUCACCAGUUUUUUUAUUAUGAAUAUGUUGUAGUUUUGCAUGUAAAUUAAAGUUUCUACAUUUUGCUAAA